AUGUCUGAGAAAUCAAUGUCGAUACAUCAAAUGCUUAAAGAAAGCUCAUCAAAUGAAGGAUUCCAACAUGAAUCGAGCAGCAGUGUGAUAGUGAUGAACGAUAUGAAAACAACGCGUAUAAUUCCAAAUAAUCUUUCAUUGAGAAACGCAAACAGUCCGGGUUCAAAUCCAGAUACGCCGUUCUCGCCUGUUCUUAGUCCAUCACAAGAGUUCCUCAAAAAUGGUGCGACCAAAAUCGAUUCGUUGAAAAAUUGGGGCAUUUCUACUUAUAAGUGUACACGACAACUUAUGUUGGAGAAACUUGGGAAGUCUAACAAAACAACCGACACCGAGCUUGAGACACAAAUCAAUGACUUGCGAGAAACUCAGAGAAAAUAUCUUUCCAUUCUAAGAUUAUCACGCACAUUCAAUACACAUUUUCAUCAAGUUGUAGCGACACAACAUGCACUGGCUGAAACUUUCUCCGAGUUGGCUCAAAAGUCGCCGGAAUUACAGGAAGAAUUCUUAUACAAUGCUGAAACCCAAAGAAAUCUGACCAAGAACGGAGAAAUUCUCGUAAACGCCAUCAACUUUUUCAUCUCAUCUGUAAACACAUUGUGCAAUAAGACUAUUGAAGACACUCUCAUUACCAUUCGCCAUUUCGAAAGCGCACGAAUUGAAUUUGAUGCGUAUAGAAUGGACUUGGAGCUUGCAACUGGACCAGCUAAUGAAGAAGCACAAAGGAGCUUUUCUAAACAUAAGGAAACCUAUGAGAAAUUGCGUGGUGAUGUGACUGUUAAGAUGCAAUUCUUAGAUGAAAAUCGGAUUAAAGUGAUGCACAAGCAGCUACUUCUGUUCCACAAUGCUGUGGCUGCUUACUUUUCUGGAAAUGCGACCUUACUGGAAGCAACGAUAAAGCAAUUCAGUGUAUGA